UGCCUUUGUACUUAACAGUCCCUCCGGAGGAGACUCUUAUUGAGAUCAAAGGAUGUGCAGUACAACUACUUGUUGCUUCAGUCUUCCCACUCCAAGCUCUCCAAGCAACAAACACUUGUUGCUUCAGUCCCGAAAUUCACGCACGAGCCUCGUCUCACCACCGUCCUGGCAAAGCCGGAGCGUCACUUUGGCUGCUGCCAUGGGACUAGCACAAGCGAUGAUCGGAAUUGGAGUCAUUGGAAACUUGUACUUCUUCUCCGGCGAGGGCCUCGCCGUCACAGAGGACGCGACCCCCAGAGAGGUGGUCAAGCAGAGGGUGAGCAGGGUCCAGACGAGGUGGAGCGACAAGAGAGCAUGCCCUCCAUGGCAGUCGAAAACAUUCGAGCUCGUUGUGCCAGAGAAUCUCCCUAGGUGAACCCCUCACCGGAGGUGGGAAUCGGUCGGUGAUUUCAGUCCCUCGGUGAUUCGGCCUGGCGCCGGGACUAGUAAGGAGAGCGGCAAGUGCUUCUCUCUGUAGAAUUACUUAAGACUACAUAAUCAAAACCAUACUGUACAAAAAACCUGUCAACAUUUUAUUACGUUCAUCCAUGUAUUCGAUAUGUUCAUGAAUAUAUAUUAUGACAUAUAAUCAUAUAUGGUA